AUGGUUGGUAUAGGCGGUGGUGUACCAAGUGAUGAGCGUCACGAUGGCAUUCGGUUGUGUAAUUUCGUGGUCAGCGCUCCUGGGAAUAGUAUAGGUAGUGUUUUUCAUUAUGAUUUCGGUAAAAGAGUUCAAGAUCAGACCUUCCAACCCACAGCGGCUCUGAAUCAGCCACCAGAAUUUUUAUUGUCGGCAGCGAAUGAUGCCCCGACUGAAUUCGAUGAGGAUAAUCCAGGGCUUGAAGCAUCAAUCAAAGGUGCUCUAGAGAAGAAGCCACAAUUGAAACAGGAGUACGGACGACCAGACCCAGCUUCUGACCGGCUUUACCCAUCUUGUUAUGUUGUCCAUCCCGUCGACAGUAAAGGUGUCAAGCAGUUUGUGGCUUUGGCUCAUUAA